CCGACCCGGAAACUGACUCGGACCUGAAAACGCUUCAAACAAAAAUGUGGCAGGCAUUGCGCUUGCGCUUUCUAGAGGAUUUUGCUAUUCUGUUUUUGUUCAUCUAGCGUCAUCAGGUUCUUGAAGUUGACCGGUCAUGGGAAAUAAGCCAGCGAAACCGGAGAGACAUGAGGUGCUUUUGAAGAUUGUCCCUCCUAUAGAUCAAGCAUAUGCUCGAUGGCUUGCUCGGGAUCUCGAGAGAAUUUAUGGCUUCACUCCAAGAAACGCUCGUGCUAUAAAGCCACCUGAUCAUUACAUUGAAUACAUGCGCUUAAACGGAUGGUUGGAUGUCAGCUUAGAUGACCCUGACCUAGCUCGUUUACUUAAAUAAUCAAUCAACUGCAAUUUGUAAAAGUCAUGUAUAAACUUGAGCAAGUAGGAACCUUGGUUUCAAGUUGAUGCGUAGUUUUUUGUACUGUUAUAAUGGGAUUCAGAUAUUGAGCAGUGGUAUCAAAUGGGAAAUAUUGUCAUAUAUCUCCUGUAUGCUAGCGCUAUGUGACUCCGUUAUGACUUUGCAACUAUUUAAUCAUUUGGAUGUAUAUCGUAUUUCCCUAUUGUUACUA